CCAUCUACUCUCCAUCUUUCCUUUCUAUUUGCAUUUGAGAGGAUGAACCUCAAACCUUUCCUUCAUGAACACCACUUGGUUUACGAUAAAUAUGAAAAACAAGAGGGUUGUUGUGAUAGAUGCAAUCAGCAAAUUGAUGGUUGGGCCUUCACUUGUGAAACCUGCAAGUUUUGGCUACACCGUUCAUGUGCUGUGAAACAACUGCCUCUUGAAAUUUCACAUCCUCUCCAUUCAGAACACCCUCUUAAAUUGGUCACCGAGAAAGAUGAUGAUUCUUCCCAUUUCUUUUGUAAUGGGUGUUCCAGUCUUACUCGAAGCUGCUUGUACCGAUGUGCAGAUUGCAACUUCAACCUUGAUCACAUUUGUGCUUCUUCAACUACUAUCACUAGUCAUGGAUAUAAAGAAAUCCCUCAUUUCUGUCAUUUUCAUUCAUUGACACGGUUCAAGUAUCGUAAAGUGAGCAAGUAUCACUAUAGUUGUUUUUGGUGUGAGAAGCUUUUGUCUAGAGUCUCUUAUGGUUGUUUUAAAUGUCCCCCAUCAGAGUCCUUCGUUCAUGAAACUUGUUUGAUCAACAUACCCAAUAUAAUCUCAAAACAUCACUUUCAUUCAUCCCACCAGCUUCAGUUAAUAUAUUGGUAUAGUGUGUCGCCCUUUUCAUGCGAUGUAUGUGGUUAUCGCACUAGGUAUGCUGUUCUUCAAGGAUACAUUUGUGAAAAGUGUCAAUUCCUCAUUCAUAUUAGUUGUGCUAAAUUCAAACCUAGUCUGAAACAUGAGUUGCAUGAUCAUAGUCUUAUCCUUCUUCCAACGAAAUCCUCGUCAAUUUAUCAGGAAUUAGAUCCAUGUAAGAAGUGCUCGGAGGAGAUUCGUCCUAGCAAAGACUCUGUGUUUAAUUGUUAUUAUUAUCGAUGUGUUUUAUGUGGAUUCAAUUUUCAUCUUCGUUGUUUGAUACCAUUAAGUAUUAAACACAAAUAUCACAGGCAUGAACUUAUGUUUACUGAUGUGUUUCUUGAGGAUUAUUCUGACCAUUACUACUGUGAUAUUUGCGAAGAAGAAAGAAACGCAUACGAUCCCGUUUAUUGUUGUAACAAAUGCACAUUUACUGCUCAUAUUGGAUGCGCUCUCAAUGAGAUAAAAGAUGAGCCAACCUAUAACUUGGUGGGUGACAAAGAUUCAACAGGAAAACUGAUGGAGGAAGAUGAAAUAAACGAGAGAAAUGCAAACUUCUCUCCUUUUGAGAUUAUGCAUUGUGAACGAGGACAUGAGCUGAUGUUUGAUGAGGAUAUUGAAAGGGGAGCUAGGUGCUAUGCUUGUUGGCUUGAAAUCUCAGAUGGAGCUUAUGCAUGUAAAAGAUGCAGAUAUUACUACAUACACAAAACAUGCAUUAGAUUGCCCUCUCAAGUGCUGCAUCCUCUUCACCCCCAACAUUCUCUCAAGUUAAACCCUCGGUUAUCAGCGCGGCCCCGUUCUUAUUUAAUAUGCCAAGGAUGUCGAAGCUUGAAUCCAGGGUUUGCUUACAUAUGUUAUGCGUGUGAUUUCAAACUGGAUGUGAAAUGUGCUACUUCUUCAUGGGUGCCUAAAAAUGAGACUCAAAGGCUAAAGGAUAUGGAAACACAAUCCAAGUUGUGCCUUUUCAAUCACCACCAUGAGUUGGGAUACUUUGUUAUUAUAUCCGAUUUACUAGGAUAUGAAAAUUGCGGUUUUUGUGGUCUAAAUAUUUUAGGUCCGGUAUUCCAAUGCUCUGAGUGUGAAUAUUCUCUUCAUGAAAGGUGUGUUGGAAUUAUUCCACUGGAAAUGCAAAUCCAAUUCCAUCCGCUACACCCACUUCACCUUCUGUUCAACCCAUCACAGCCUUGUCGCGUCUGCAAAGGUUCGUUCGAAUUCCAAAAAAUAAGCUAUGGUUGCGUGCAGUGUGAUGAUCUGUAUCUCCAUGCUGAUUGUGCCAAAUCCUUGAAGCGGGUCCUAAAAUCUAAGUCUCACACUCAUCGUCUCUACUAUUUUGGAUCCGAGCCUUACGGUUACGAGUUCAAGGUAUGCGGUGAAUGCAAUCAUCCAAUUGGGCAGUUUCGUUUCUGUUUCUGCAUGGAAUGCGAUACCAAGUUCCAUAUUGAAUGUGUUUUGCCACGUUCACUCAAAUCCAAAUACCACAUCCAUCCUUUAACUCUAACUCGUAAGGAUGGUUUCGAAGAAGAUGAUUCAGGGGAAUAUUAUUGUGAUAUCUGUGAAGAAGAAAGAGAGGCUACAUAUCAUGCCUAUCACUGCACAAAGUGUCGAGGAGGAACAUUCGUUGCUCACAUUAGUUGUGCGCUCGAUUCGGAGGAAGAAAUUGCAGCUUCCUCAAAUUUGGCAUUGGACUCGUGCCCAUUUGAAGCUGAAUCUGAGAGUAAAAUCUCUAAAGAUGAAUUUAAGAAUGAAGUUUCUGAAGCUGAAUCUGAGAAUGAAGUUUCUGAAGCUGAAUCUGAGAAUGAAGUUUCUGAAGCUGAAUCUGAGAAUGAAGUUUCUGAAACUGAACCUGAGAGUGAGGUUUCUGAAGAUGAAUAGGAGA